AUGUGCAUAACAGAUCUCACACGGGUGAAAAACCAUAUUUCUGUCCUGAGUGCGGGAAAUGUUUUUCACAAAAGUCUAAUUUUAAAACACAUCAAAAGCUGCACACAGGCGAGAAGCCAUAUUCUUGUCCUGAGUGCGGGAAGUCUUUCCAUUAUAAAUCCAAACUUAAUGUUCAUAAAAGAUCUCACACGGGUGAGAAGCCACAUUCUUGCCCUGAGUGCGAAAAAUGUUUUUCAGCUAAGUCCACUCUUUACUCACAUCAGAGAUCUCACACAGAGGAGAAGCCGUAUUCAUAUCCUGAGGGUGGGAGAUGUUUUUCAGAGCAGUCCAGUCUUUGCAGACAUCAGAGAUCAUACAUGGGGAAGACACCAUUUUCCUGUUCUGAGUGUGGGAAAUGUUUUAUACAAAAAUUUGAUCUUGCCAAACAUCAGAGGUCUCACACAGGGGAAAAACCAUACUCAUGUCCUGAGUGCGGGAAAUGUUUUUCAACUAAACAUCAGAGAUUUCACACGGGGGAGAAGCCUCUUUCCUGUCCUGAGUGUGGGAAAUGUUUUGUAUACAAAUCAGGACUUGUUAUACAUCAGAGAUGUCACACAGGGGAAAAGCCGUAUUCCUGUCCUGAGUGCAGGAAAUGUUUUUCAACUAAGUCCAGUCUUUAUAAUCAUCAGAGAUUGCACAAGGGAAAGAAGCCAUAUACCUGUUCUGAGUGUGGGAAAUGUUUUUCACAAAAAUCAAAACUUGUAG